GGGUAAGGGGCUUCCCCAACUGCGGACGUGCAUAAGGUUAGGUUUACUGGCACAAAUCAUGCGGGAAGUGCGUCAUGAAAGGUGGUGCUAGUCAUUAGCAUAUAGACGUCGAUGCUGAUCCGGAUUCGACUUCAAACCGUCGGAGACGUAUAGGUAUUUUGAGAAGAUAGUGUUUGAGCUUCUAUUCACCAUGGUUCUGGAAACGACUCCUCGAAAUUGGUAUCGGGAUGAGUAUCUAAUAUCAACCGAACCGCUUCUUAUUCAGAUAGAUGCUGUCAAUGCGGCGCUUAGCUCUGACUUAAUGUGGUGGGCGCAGGGUCUUCCACGGGACGAAGCGAAAAAAGCACUCCACAACUCUUUGUGUCUUGGGCUAUACGUGCUCCCUAAAUCAACAUCGGAGAUUGCUGGCCAAGGCAGUCCCGUUCAGAUUGGGCUCGUGAGGGUGGUGACUGAUGAUGUCACUUUCGCAUACCUCUCUGAUGUGUACCUUCUGCCUGAAUACCAGGGUAAAGGUCUAGGCCGUUGGAUGAUGGGGUGUCUUGAUGAGGUUGUCAAGAGCUGGGCUCAUCUGCGACGGUUCAUGUUAUUGACCAGCGAUAAGAUGCAGCUCUAUAGUAAAUACCUCGGGGCCAAAGACUGGAAUGAGUGCAACACGACAGGUAUCACCAUUGGAUUAAUUGAAGGACCCGCAUCACCUCGCUCGAAAAAUGUCUAACGCUGUCUGUUA